CUCGCCACAAAUCACCCAAAUCCAGCACACCAAUCUACUCCUACCUCGCCGUCGCCGGAAAUCCCAUCCAGCCGAACCACCCCUCAGGUCCUCCCCGCCGCCGCCGUCGUCGUCCACCACCAGCUCGCCAGGAUGGGUUCGGGGAGCCGCGCGGCGUCGUGCCUGUGCUGCCCGUUCAAGUGCCUGGCGUGCGGCCUCUUCAGCUGCCUCUGCAGCAUCCUCGUCUCCCUCCUCGUCACCGCGGGGGUCCUCGCCCUCAUCCUCUACUUCAUCUUCCGCCCGCAGAUGAUCGCCGCCACCGUCGACUCCGCCUCCCUCGCCCAGUUCGCGCUCGGCACCCCGGCCAGCCCGGCGCUGCUCCAGUAUAACCUCACGCUCGCCAUGACCGUGCGCAACCCCAACAAGCGGGUGGGGCUCUACUACGACAACGUCGAGGCCCUGGCCCUCUUCGACGGCCAGCGCUUCGGGUUCGCGCCCCUCGACCCCUUCUUCCAGGGCCACCAGGCGUCCACCGAGGUCAAGCCGGCGUUCGGCGGCCAGCAGGUGCUGGAGGGGGACGUCACCCAGAGCAACCUCAGGUCGCAGCUGGCGGGCGGCGCGGUGGAGGUGGAGGUGAAGCUCAACGCCAAGCUCCGCGUCAAGGUGUGGGCCUUCAAGGUGCCCGGGCCCAGGGCCAGGAUCAGCUGCCCGCUCUCCCUCCCCGCCCCAGGCGCCGCCGCCGGCGCCCCCGCGUUCAAGCCCACCGAGUGCAAAGUCUGGUUCUGAUUCUGAUUCCGAUUGCGAUUGCGCCGUUGGGGAUCGAUCUGAUCUGAUCUCUUCUCUAGAUUCGAUUAUUUGGUUGGUUGGUUGGUUGCGGGAUGCUGCUGCUCUGCGUCGCCGCCAUGGUCUGUCCAUUAGCAUGUAGAUCUUGCUAGUAGAGAUUUUCGCAUCUAGUACUGCAUUAGUAUUAGCUUUGCACAUACUAUCGAUCUGUCGAUUACUGGUUUUUUGGUUUUUUGUUAUCAGGAGUACUACCGUAUACGAUUACUAGUUCUUGCGUAUAUUGGUUAUAUUGGGAUCCAUCCUACUAUUCGACCAUUGUUGAUAUAUUCAUCAUCGAUAUUCAGAUUUCUUUCAUUCA